AAAACACCUAAAUCUCUGUCUCAGCUAGCAGGUUCGACGAUUGGAGCCGGACCGAAUCUGGUACCUGACCCGUGAAACUGAAACCAUUCACUGUAACGGAGACGGUUUCACCUUUUAGGUUCCGAGAAACAUAAGCGUCGACGAAUUCACGGAAAGAGGGAGAGAAAAAAGACAUAAAGUUACAGAAAUGAACCAGACGAGACGAAAGAGACGACCUGAUCCACCUCUCUCUAGGCUCGAUUCCCUCUCGCCUGAGAUGCCCUUUCCAUCCAAAUCUCCUCCGCUAAUCUCUCCCCGCGUCAGAAACAUCUUCUUACUCCUCAUCUUCUGCUCCAUCGUCUUCACCGUCUUCACCUACUGCACCUUCCGCCGCGACCAAAUCUCAUCGAUCGCUCGCUCCUUGCCUCUAUUCUCCACCCAACGCCGUCACCUACUCUUCUCAAUCGCCGCCUCUCACGACUCCUGGCUCCGCCGCAGCUCCUACGUCCGUCUCUGGUACACUCCCGACUCCACACGCGCCAUCGUCUUCCUCGAUCGCGGUGGACUCGAUCCCGAUCCCACCCUCCCUCCACCACUCGUCUCCCAAGACGUCUCUAGGUUUCCUUACAACUUCCCCGGCGGUCUCCGCUCGGCGAUCCGAGUCGCUCGCGUAGUUAAGGAGACGGUGGAUCGGGGAGAUAAAGACGUGCGGUGGUUCGUGUUCGGAGAUGACGACACUGUCUUCUUUGUGGACAAUCUUGUGACGGUUUUGUCUAAGUACGACUACCGGAAGUGGUGGUAUGUCGGGAGUAACUCGGAGUUCUAUGAUCAGAACGUGAGGUAUUCUUUUGAUAUGGCGUUUGGUGGUGGAGGGUUCGCUAUCAGUGCCUCGCUUGGGAAGGUUCUUGCUAAGGUUUUGGAUUCUUGUUUGAUGAGGUAUGCGCAUAUGUAUGGAAGUGACUCCAGGAUCUUCUCUUGCUUAGCUGAGCUUGGUGUUGCCCUCACCCACGAACCUGGGUUUCAUCAGAUUGAUGUAAGAGGGAACCUGUUUGGACUGCUAUGUGCGCACCCUUUAGCUCCAUUGGUAUCACUUCACCACUUGGACGCAGUUGAUCCAUUAUUUCCGAAAACUAACCGGACAGAGUCCGUGGCUCGUCUCAUCGGGGCUGCAAGUUUGGAUUCCGCAAGGAUAUUGCAGCAGAGUGUGUGCUAUGAUUCUUCAAACAUAGUGACUGUUUCGGUUGUGUGGGGUUACGCGAUUCAAGUCUAUGAAGAGAAUAAACUCCUCCCGGAUCUUCUCACCUUGCAAAAGACAUUUUCUACAUGGAGGAGAGGGUCAGGUGUCCGAAGCAAUUAUAUGUUCAGUACAAGAGAAUAUCCCAGGAAUCUAUGUGCGAGACCGCUCGUCUUUUUCUUGGAUAGUGUUGGAUCAGAUGAGACUGAUGGGACAUGGAGUAGCUAUAGGCUUCAUAGUGUCGGAAAUUGCCACAGAACUGAAGCUGUGAAGCGACUACAAUACAUCAGAGUUUUGUCUCCUAAGCUGAAACUUAAUGUUGAACAGAUGAAUCCGCCUCGCCGUCAGUGCUGUGACAUCUCAUCGCCGUAUAACACGUCAAUGGUCAUUAACAUAAGGCAAUGUCUGCCUGAUGAGCUUAUUACCAUGAGCAAUUAAGCGCUUUUGUUUCUCAUCCAUUUGCUUCAAGGAUCAGCGAAGCAACGCCUGAGCCUAAGAUUCUUCUGCUAUAGGCCAAUGGCGGAGCUUCUAGGUGGGUUACCUUUUUUUUCCUGACCAACUCAGAAGUGUCAUAGAAGAGACCCGAGUCCGAACCAUAUAUAAACUCUGUAUAUAAACUUGUGCAGGCAUUGAUGUAUCUCAUUCUCUCUUCAAAGUGUUGGAUUUUUUUUUUUUUUUUUGGCACAAUUGUAACAGUUUGUCCGCCAAAUUUUGAA